AUGCGCGGCUUUCACGGAAAGAGGACACGAGAAGCUUUUGCGUGGAACGGAGAGGCAACUGGAGCAGGAGCGAGAGGGGCAAAUGAGGCGGCCGAAAAUGCCAGAGAAGAAAUCCUGUUUCCUGGGCGCUACGUGUCGAAGCGGGAGCGGUUGAGGAUGGACGGGCAGAAAAAGGGCUUCUCCACUCACGGACAGCCAAUCGACAAAAUUUCGGCGGAAAAUGUUGCGCGAGAAACCGCGACCAACAAGGGAGCUCUUCUGGACGCGCCCGAUUGGAUUCGGAACGCGGCGGCGAAUCAGGAGGGUGCUGCUGAGCGAUUUGUUGUGCCGCGGCGCCUGAUGUGCCGGAUCUAG